AUGGAAGGCAAACCGCCUUCAGACAUCCUCGGUUCGACAAACAUACAUGAUUCUGCAAGCCCAGAUCUAGAUUUCAUCUUCCCCAACACCGGAUCUUCCGCAAACUACCAAGACGGGCACACAACCCUCAGUCAAACCAGCCACCAUACAAGCCUCCCAAAAAGCACAAUUUUUGACCCCAAUUUCUGGCAACACAACGUCCCUCUCCUCAUCCAGAACAACGUCGCCGUCCAAUCCGCAAACCUGGCCGUCCUCAUCCUCAUCUUCGCCCAGUCCGCAGCCGGCAUGGGCACCAACCACUACGGCAAAGCCCUCUGGCACUACGGCCGUGCCCUGCAACUCGUCCGCGAGACAGACGACUCCCAAGAGAGCCUCCGACCAGCCAUCCUGUGCUGCAUGUUCUUUGUCAUCUUUGACAUCAUGAACGGGGAUACCGGAGGCGCAGAGUCGCACCUGUGGAACGGGGAGACUAUGCUCUUGCAGCUGCAGCGCUUGGAAGCUAGACACGGAGCCAUCGAUCUUGGCUUGCGUGUGAAUAUGAACAGAGAUGGAGAUGGGCGGGGGACUUUGAGAAGGGAGUUGCCGUGUGCGCUGCAGUUUUUGAUUCUGCAGAGCGAUGAGCCGAAUCUCACAUUCGAGAGGGCUGGGUAUUUGGAGGCGUUCCUCCAGAUGGCUACGAGUCCGGAUCGCGUGCCCAGUUUGACGGCUGGAGGGUAUUCGGAUGCAUUGACAGAAGGCAUCCAAAGAUUGCUUUGA